AUGGCGCGCGGCAUCAUCAAGCACUUGAAGCGCAUGUAUGCGCCCAAGCAGUGGAUGUUGGAUAAGCUCCGUGGUCGAUGGGCUCCCAAGCCAAACGCUGGUCCGCACAAACUGCGUGAGUGCCUUCCCCUGAUUGUCAUGUUGCGGCAGCGCCUGAAGUAUGCCCUGACCUACCGUGAGGUGAAGAUGAUCGUCAUGCAGCGCUUGAUCAAAGUGGACGGAAAGGUCCGCAGCGACAUGUUCUACCCCGCAGGUUUCAUGGAUGUGGUGCAGAUUGAGAAGACCAAGGAGAAUUUCCGACUUCUAUACAACACCAAAGGCCGAUUCAUGCUCCACAAGGUGGCGAAAGAGGAGGCCAACUACAAGCUGUGCCGUGUGAAGAAGGUCAUGCGAGGUCCCCGUGGCAUCCCCUACGCGGUGACGCACGAUGGUCGGACUGUGCGCUAUCCCGACCCAGACGUCAAGGCACACGACACCGUGAGGUUAAACUUGGAGACGGGCAAGAUCUUAGAUCAUGUGAAGUUUGAGACGGGCAACCUGGUGAUGAUCAGCGGCGGAAACAACAUUGGCCGCGUAGGAACCAUCACCCAUGAAGAGAAGCACCCGGGCUCCUUCGAAAUGGUGCACGUCAAGGACGCCAUGGGACACACCUUCAACACUCGACUGGAGAACGUCUUUGUCAUCGGUGACGGCCAGAAGCCUUGGAUCUCGCUGCCCAAGGGCCAAGGUAUCAAGCUGAGCAUCAUCGAGGACCGUGAGCUGAAGGCCUGGGAGAAGUUCCUGCAGGAAACUUUGCAGGAUCCGCUCAUAUGCCUUGCUGUCGUUUGCAUCAUGCUGAUGCCACUGGGAGCCUUCCGCGAUAUGCUGAAGGAGAUGGGUGGAAGCAUCCUAAUGGUGGUAGCCCUGCUGCCACCUGGCGCGUGCCAUCACUGGCUCAGCCGGGCUCAGCCGGGCAGCCCAUGCUGUGGUAUGCCAUUGCCAAAUCGAGUGGGUGCCAACUAUGAGGAGGAAGAAGACCUCUUAAGAGGCAGAUGGAGGCCAAAGAAAGGGCAAACAAGCCAUGACAUCGAUGAAGAAUUCCCUUUUGGCAUCAAGCUCAAUACGAAGACUACGGCCAUGUUGGCGGUUGGGGUUUGCUUCCUCUUUGUGGUGUUGGUGAAGGUAGUGAUGUUCCCCUCGCCCAGCGAGAUGCCGCUGCCGCCGCGCGCUGCGGCGGCGGGGGCCUCAUCCAGCGAUGCAGCCAGCUUUGGUGGGCUGCAGAUGGCCACGAAGGAACAGCCAGGAGAAGGGGAGAAACCCUACAGCAACCAGAGAGAGCAAGAAAAUGACGACAACCUUGCGCAAAGAAGCAAGGAUGCGGACGACCAAGAUCAGCUGGGCAAUGAGGACCAAGAUCAACAAGGUAAGCAGCAUUUUGAGGAUGAAGAUGACCAGAAAGAGAAGGAUGAUGACGAUGAGGAGCUCUAG